UUGAUUAGAUUUGAGUUCCUUUGAGUUGUGUUGUGAGAAUAAAGUUAGCAGAACGACCAGUUCCUAACGAGUUUUCGUGCCGAGCACACGCUUCUGUAUAACUGUUAGUUAGCUGUAUCAUCAACCAGAAAUCACCAUGUCUCUCCAAGAACAAUUCGACAAAGCCGCCGCUGACGUCAAGAACCUGAAGAAGCUGCCCAGUGACGCCGACCUCCUGGAGCUGUACGCUUACUUCAAGCAGGCCACAGUCGGAGACUCAGACCCCUCAAAGGCCCCCGGCUUCCUGGACCUGAAGGGCAAGGCUAAGUUCGAGGCGUGGAGCAAACAGCGCGGAGUCUCCAAGGAGGACGCACAGAAGGCCUACAUUGCCAAGGUCGAAGCCCUCAUCGCCAGCCACGGCCUCCAGUAAACUAAGCUAGAUGUAAUAUAAAAUCAAUUUACAACUUUUAUAUUAAAAAACAACUUAUUUUUUGUAUUUAAAUCAUGGAAAUUAAGAGCGGAACGAGGGUUAAGUUUAUUUGAAAGCGGUUUUGUUUUCAACCUCUUUUGUGAAGUAUUUAAUACUUUUUGCUUACUACCGCCUUUUUAAUGAACUUGUAAAACAUCACAAUAUUUUCAUUGUAUCGUUUGAUGGCCGUCCGUCUCACCAUCAUUAUUUAUUACUUCGGUUUAGGCGUAACUAGCUAGUGUUAAGCGCAACAUCACAAUAAAUACAAGUUAUACCUCUGCAAUCAAUACUUCCGUACUUUUGGUAUGUGGUGCUGUUUCUGAUUCAUUUUUCUUGUAUUUGCAUUUUUGUUAAAAAAAAAAGAUUUUUUAUACAUCUAAUAUAUCCGUUGGUUACUGAA